GUUUGCCCAGAAGGGCCUACGCCUUGCCCCGCUAGACCCUCUCAUCAGGCGGACUUCAGCCAUGUCCGGUCAGCCAGGGUCGGGCUACACCUUCUCGCCAACGGCAAAUGCCAUGCCGAGCUCGACAAGACCGCAGAGUAGCACCAAAGUGCCUUUACUCGAGCGACGCACUUCAGCCGCUGCCACUUCAGGCGGGCUCACUCGACGAAAGUCACAGUACGCUCCGGGGAGCCUGGCAAAGCCUCUAGGAUCCGUGCCCGGACUGCCGGGGGCUAACGGCGAUAGAGACUCGAUGACGGCCAAGUCGGGCUCUGGCACGCCUCAGUCGAGCCACGCUGCUUCUUUUGCCCCUUCCUCACUGGACUACUCAGACAGCAGUACUUUGUACGGAGCAGCUUCACCUCCACCGCACACGGCAGUACCCUCCGGCACGCCCGCCUCUGCACAGAACCUCGUCGCGUUGAGGGAGACGAUCCAGAAACGCAUAACGACGUGGAACUAUCUCAAGCAGGUCUACAUGGGCAAGGUGCACUGGUUUGAUACUGUCUUGCUACAGAAGGAGGACCUCGAGAGGGGUGCGGGGGAUCCUGCUCUGCUGGCCAAGAGGUCGAAUAAGUUCUUCGUGCUUGGCACAUCGCUCGCUACCCUGAUCGAUACCAACGUCCCUGCCGACUUCCUCAGGGCGCUCUUGGCUCUUGUCAACGAGUACGAAGCCCAGGGCGACGAUUUAUCUAGCGGCAGCGGCGGUAAUCGUCCCCGAAUGAAAUCACUGCUCAAAGGCAAGGGCAAAGCGAAGAUACCGGGCGGGGGCUCGUAUGAUGACGACUCGUACUUGUACGCCAUGAACAUUCCCUUCGAGCUAGAGUAUUUCCAAGUCUUCCUGGCACUUUGCGACAUCCUCGUCAAGAUCUACGAACGCAUCAACUCGUACAUUACCCCAAAUCAGAAUGGCGCCAGCACUGGCUCGCCUACCUCGCCGCAAUUCACAAUCACCAGCAGCGGCUUCCCUCAGCCGCCUGGACUGAACAGCACACUCGUAGAGACUGCUCAGAAAGCAGACAAUAAGCUCAAGAAAAUUGUAGCACUAGUUACGAAAGAGACCGACGCAGUCGCGAGAUCGGUUAUACGCGACGAGCUCUUCUCACUCGAUCCGACGCUCAGCUAGAGCAUGCCUGACGACUUUUGUUGCAUCUCUAAUCGUGUACAUGUACAUUUGUUUCCCUUUUGCAUUGUUGUUGCACUUUUAUCUGGUCGGAACGUAGCUGGUCUCCGAGUCAGCCUCCAGAACGCCAAUGUAUUAUCAGAGACGCACUCGUCGAGACGUAGCAGUAGGCCGACAGUCUCCGUCGCAAGUGAUAUGGCGCUUGUGCUGACCAGCAAAGGCUGCAACACAUUCUCUUCGAGCACAUCGCCCACCAGCCCCUGCAACAACGUCAGCG